CUAAUCUGAAGCACCUAAACCGCCUUUCUGGGGGUUUCCUGCACCUCCUUAACCGGGCAGCAGCUGAGUGAUCAGUCCAGAAGAUCCAGAUAGCGCUUGCAGCCAUGGCCCAGAGCUGCCCCAACCGUGGCGCCAUACUGAGUCCCGAGGGCAUGUUGAGAGAGAUCCAAGUGAACUUGCUGGAGUGUAAAGUCUGCUUUGAGAAGUUCGACGCUCAGCAGGCCGAGCGCAGACCGCAGAACCUCUCGUGCGGUCAUGUCCUGUGUCUGGAAUGCAUCAGGGCCCUGUCCCACCCUCUCCUGAGGAAGCUGGAGUGCCCCUUCUGUCGACAGCUGUGCAGUGUUGACGCCACCUCCCACUGCCAGGCUCUGUGCGACCUGCAGGAGAUGCUGUUCUUCAUUACCGCCAGUCCUCGCUCGGAGAAAGGAGGAGAAGAGGAGGCUGCGGGUGUGAGCAGCAAAGCCUUGCACCUCUGCAUGACUUUUGGCGGUUGGGGGGCUCUUAUCAACCCGUCUGGAUUGGCAGUGAUGAGGUCCUCAGGAACUAUGUUUGUGGUGCAUGAUGGGGAGGAGAGAGUGGUGGUGUUGAGUCCACAGGGAAAGAGGCAGCACACUUUUGGACCAAGAGGACACACCAGUGGGGAUGUUUGCUUUGCAGUGGAUGUGGCGGUGACCCCUUGUGGUCAUGUCGUGGUGACAGAUGCUGGAGAUAAAGCAGUCAAGGUGUUCACCUCCAGGGGAAGCCACGUGGUGACACUCAAGGCCUGCUUCUCUCUGCCCUGGGGGGUGGACACAGACAGCAGUGGACACAUACUUGUGACUGAUGUCCAGGCAGGAACACUGUCCCGCCUUAAAGUGGACUACAAACAUGGCGUCACCCAGGAGGAGGCAGUGGUUGUUUCAGACCUGCAGCAUCCUAAAGCGGUGGCCUGGAGUGGGUGCACUGGCAACACAGCAGUGAUGGAGCAUGUGACAGAGGACACACAGCAUCUCACAGUCUUUACUGAAGACUUCCAUAUUCUCUACCACGUGGACAGUUUUGGUCUCAAGCUAAUGUCCUCUGUCAGGAUGUCAGGUGUGGCUUUUGACACAAAUGGACACCUGCUUGUGGUCAACUCCCAACAGGGGACGAUUUGGAGUUUUGGGAACAUGCAAAGUGGUCCGGUCCUCACUCCUCUGGUGUCAGACCAGCUAAUUAGACCUGUUGGACUGGUUCCACUUAACAACACUCUCAUUGUUGUGGACAGUGGAGACCAUACAGUCAAAGUUUACUCUUGACCG